GGCGGCGGCGGCGGCGGCACGACGCACCACCUCCACUUCUUCUUCCACGAGGUGUUCACGGACGGCCCGAGCGGCACGACGGCCACGGUGGCCAAGCCGGCGCGCGGCGGCGGCGGCUCCUCCUUCUUCGGCUUCGUCAGCGUGGUGGACGACGUGCUCCGGGAGGGCGCCGACCCGUCGUCGGGCCUCGUCGGCCGCGCCCAGGGCGUCACCGCCGCCACGUCCCUCUCCGACGGCGCCAUCACGACGCUGCUCAACCUGGUGUUCACCGCGGGGCCGUACAGCGGCAGCACGCUGCAGGUGUUCGGCCGCGCGCUGCUGGGCACGGUGAUGGAGCGGCCGGUGGUCGGCGGCACCGGCGCGUUCCGGAUGGCGCGGGGUUACACGCUCAGCCGGAGGGUGAACUCCACGGAUCCCAACAACCUCCUCGUCCUCGAGUACGACGUCUACGUCACCACUUCUCCUAUUAAUUAGCUAGUAUGCCGAUGCCGAUGCUAUCUUCGUUCCAAAAUAUAAGUAUUUCUAUAUUUAUUUAGUGAUAAAAUAAAACUCUAAAAAUUAAUAAAAAGUAUCUCGAGUUACCGGUACCUCGUGAUACCAAAUCGUUUCUGAUCACUGGAUCUAACCCGUGCAUAUCAUAUUCAGCUAGAUCUAACGGUGAGAAACGAUUUGGUACCUCGAGUUAGCUUUUUUUUCUAAU